AUGUCUCGGUUCAGCAGAGUUUCAGUUCAGUUAGAGGACGCUAGUCCAGAAGUAUGCGUGGCGGCCUUCAAGAACGGGCUCAGGUGUGGCUCAUUGAACAAAGACUUAACCAGAAGAUCCGCUAAGGAUAUGAUGGACUUACGUGCUAGAGUACAAGAAUUCAUCUUGGUAGAGCAGGACGAGCAAACCAAAAAAGAUAGGGACAACUGGCGUACCCAACCUGAAGUCACAACAGAAAGGGGGCGUGGUUCAAAAGAUCAGCACCCAGCUCAAACACCGCGCCCGCAAAGGCCGGCGCCCUACCCUUCAGGCAGGCAGGGGCCACAAAGUAACACUUGGCAUCGAAAUGCUCAACCUACUCUAGAAAAUCAAGGAGGAAACGCAUCCGCCCAAGGGCAACAAACCAAACUGAAUGCUCCUCUUAGUACGAUCUUGCGAGCAAUGGGGCAAACAAAUGUAGUCCAGUACCCAAGGCCACCUAGGCGACCUCCCGCAAAUGUGGAUACAACGAAGUGGUGUGAUUUUCAUAAAGCUAUGGGACACACUACGGAUAAUUGCUGGACUUUGGGCAAGGAGAUUGAGAGAUUGAUCAAAGCAGGGCACUUGGCAAACUUUGUCUCAGGAGAAAACACACAGUCAGAGGAAGUCAAAGCCGCCGGGGGCGGAUCAUCAAAAGGAAAUGAGGUAGUAGAGGAUUUGGGAGCACCCGCGGGGUCGUGCUCGUCAAUCGCUGGCGGCUUUGGCUGUGGGCGUCUAUCUUGUAGAGGGCGAAAAAGAUAUGUGGAGGCAGGAAAUUCCGUGCACAAAGCUUAUGAAGGGGAGUGUUGGUUGAACCACACUCCUAUCACUUUCUCGCCUAGGGAUUUUGAUCAUGUGAUUCCGCAUGACAAUGAUCCAAUAGUGGUGACUUUGCGAGUGAACAACUAUGUUACUAAGAAAGUCUUUCUGGACCAAGGCAGUUCGGCGGACAUUAUUUAUGGAGAUGCAUUUGAAAGAUUGGGCUUAAAGGAGUCGGACUUGAAACCAUAUACAGGGUGUUUGGUUGGAUUCACCGGCGAUCGGGCCAAGGUCAGAGGAUAUGUGGAACUGGCAACAGCUUUUGGUGAAGGGGAAUUUGUGAAGAAGUUUCAAGUAAAGUAUUUAGUUAUUCCGUGCAAAGCGACGUACAAUGUACUUCUUGGGCGUGAUACUUUGAACAAAGUAUGUGCGAUAGUCUCGACCGCCCAUUUAACAGUAAAGUAUCCAGCUUGUAAUGGCAAAAUUGGAAUUAUAAGGGUGGAUCAAGAGGCUGCAAGAGCAUGUUAUGCUAAAAGUCAGGCGCUCUAA